AUGGCCGCCAUCAGCACCGUCGUCGCUCGCGACACCUAUGCCGCCCUCUCCAAGCGCCAAAACUGGGCUGCCCAGGAGCCCGGUGUCAUCACCGUCUUCUGCAUCGUCGGCGUUGUCGGCAUCGGUCUCAUCUGCCUCUUCAUCUACAAGAAGUUGGUCGCCCGCAGGGAAAGACGCCAGGCUGUUGUCUAA